AGACAACACAAUUACACAUUCCCCAAUUUGGUGCCACGACUUUGAUUCAGAGUUUCCGACCCGCCCCUAUAAGUCCAUAACGCUUUUUUGACGGGUCAAACGCCAUCUCUCCCGAUAUGUCUUUUAUUAUGUCUUCUUUUUAAUUCAUCAUCAUCACAACCAUAAACCAAUCCAACCUUCCCCUCAAAAUAUGAACCCCUGAUUCCCCAUUUCUACUCCUCCAACCCAAAAAAAGCUUGCCUCGCCGCAUGAACUCUUUACUUUCCGGCGGCCUCCUCACUGGCUAGAAUAUUUUUUUUCUGUUUAUUGGGUUUUCUUGGGUUUUUGGAUUCAUCCAUGGGGCAGUCUGCAUCUGCCUCUUCCCAUGGUUACUCCUCGGGUUAUUCAAGCCCCGGUUCCAGCCGCCGGAGGUACUUAACCGCUAACCAAUCGGAAUCCUCGUCUUUCAGUGAAUCUAAUGCCCAACUUUCUGCGGUCGAUGAUGUAGAUUUCACCUUGGAGAUUCCUGAUGAAUGCUUAGCUUUGAUUUUUCAAUCCUUAAGCUCCGGCGACCGGAAACGUUGCUCCGUCGUCUGCCGGAGGUGGUUGGCCGUCGAGGGAGAGAGCCGUCACCGGUUAGCUCUUAACGCCACCGCUGAUAUACAUCCACAUAUUCCGGCUAUUUUCACUCGGUUUGAUUCCGUCACCAAGCUUGCUCUCAGAUGCGAUCGGAAAUCCAUUAGCAUAAAUGAUGACGGCUUGGCCCUCAUAUCCCUCCGGUGCCGGAACCUCACGCGUCUCAAGCUCCGCGGUUGCCGUCAGGUCACCGAUCUGGGUAUGUCAUUUAUCGCCAAAAAUUGCAAGGUUUUGAAGAAAUUCUCAUGUGGGUCUUGCACUUUUGGAGCCGAAGGAAUGAAUGCUCUGCUCGAUCAUUGCUCCACACUCGAGGAACUCUCCGUCAAGCGUCUGCGUGGGGUCAACGAUGGCGUUGUUGCUGCUCCCAUAGGGCCUGGAGCGGCGGCUGCAUCCCUAAAAUCGAUAUGCUUGAAGGAGCUAUACAACGGGCUCAGCUUUGGGCCACUCAUACUUGGUUCAAAGAAUUUGAAGACUCUGAAACUAUUGCGGUGUUUGGGGGAUUGGGAUAGGCUUUUGGAGACGAUGGCUAAAAGGGAGGAUAAUAAUUUGGUGGAGAUUCAUUUAGAGAGGCUGCAGUUGAGCGAUAUUGGGCUUACCGCAAUUUCUAAAUGUCCCAAGUUGGAGAUUUUGCAUUUAGUAAAGGCUUUGGAUUGCACGAAUGCUGGCGUGGUGGCCGUGGCUGAGAACUGUAAGCUUUUGAGAAAGCUCCACAUUGACGGGUGGAGGUCAAAUAGAAUUGGUGAUGAGGGUUUGAUUGCUAUUGCUAAGAACUCUGUCAAUCUUCAAGAGCUUGUCCUUAUUGGUUUGAAUCCCAGUUCAGUUAGCAUGUCUGCUAUUGCAUCAAACUGUAAGAAGUUGGAAAGAUUGGCUCUUUGUGGAAGUGAGACAAUUGGAGAUGCUGAGAUUUCUUAUAUAGCUGAGAAAUGUGUAGCUUUGAGGAAACUCUGUAUCAAGGGAUGCCAUGUUUCUGAUCAAGGGAUUGAGGCAUUUGCUUGGGGAUGUCCCAAUUUGGUUAAGAUCAAAGUUAAGAAGUGUAGGGAAGUAACAAGUGACUUUGCGGAUUGGUUGAGGGCUAGAAGGGCAACAUUGACGGUGAGUUUGGAUGUGGAGGAGGCUGAAGUUGAAGCUGUUGAGGUUAGUGCAAGUGAUGCAGGGGAGCAAGAAGACGGGGCAGAGUUCCCAUCGAGUGUGAGUAGGGCAACGAAUGCUGGUGUUGCUGGUGGUGUCGAUGUACCUUCAAGUCAAAAUGCAGGUCGAUCUUCUGCUUACAAACCAAGGCUUGGCAUUUUUGGCGGAAGGAGCCUAGUGGCUUGCACAUUCGGCCGGUGGUUGAAUACUGGUAAUGGUAGUUCCAACAGUGGUGUCUUGUGAAUCCUGUAAACAAAUGUUAAUUUGGAGGAGCUCUUACUUUUUAAAGCUUCUUUUCCAAAUUGAAACAAGUGAUGUCAUUUGUGAUUGUUCAUGAAACUCAACUGCCUUGUGUAAUUUUAGAACUCUGUAUGGGAUUUGUUCAAGCAUGUAUCAGACUAAUUUGUCCUGAAACACUUGCUUGUGUGGAACUAUGGGUCCUUUGAUUGGAUAGUGAUUCUGUUUGAUUUCUUUUCUGCUGGACUUUAAUGUUCAUUUCUAUGUCGAAUUGGUUGCAUUCUCGCGUCGUAAAUUCUUUGGAAUAUGGCAAUGGAUUCCUUUGGGACUGUUGUUAUUUUACCUUCAACUGCUCCUGGUUACUAAUCUGGAAUGCCCUGUGGAUUGAGCAAUGCUUAAACUUCCACCUUGAAGUUUCUUCUGUAAAGUUUAUGUUAAUUAUUUGAGCGUAUUAACCUAAGAAUUUUUG